UUGUACACAAAACAGGUGGUAGGAGGCUGGCAUCGUCGCAGUCUUUCUUGACGGCCAAGAGGAGACGGUCGUCGGUACUUUAUACAAGUAUAUGUAAAUUGUGCGCUUAUGUGGACCAACACAAACAGUGCCCAAAAUUAAACAGUGGGUGUAUAGUACCUAAAUAUUGAAAUUACUAUUUAGGGGUACACUUCAUAAUUACGAUGACUAAAAUUUCGCCUGCGCUUCUGAAGCAGCUAUGGCUGACGUUUGGCGCAUCGCUGUCAUUCUUAAUCAUUGGCCUGGUGAGGGGCUACUCCGCUUCUGCAAUCCCCUCCAUCGAGGCCAUCGAUCCAGAAAUAAUACAGAGCAGUGAACAGAAGUCAUGGAUAGGUGCUAUUCCUCCACUGGGCGCUUUCCUUGGCAGCAUGAUCUCUGGAACGUUGAUGCAGCGUCUGGGUCGCAAGCGCACGUUACAACUCACCUCUCCCAUCUGGGUCGCCUCCUGGCUGAUCUUGGGUUUCGCCAAGUAUUACCCGUUACUGCUUGUCGGCAGAAUGAUCACCGGCGUCGGAGUCGGCUUUGUAUUAGCUACAGCACAAGUCUAUGUGAGUGAGUGCUGUGACCCCGAGAUUCGCGGCCGCUUGGGGUCACUGCCGACCCUUUCCAUGUCCUUGGGGAUCCUGAUAUCAUACGUGGCCGGGAGCUGGCUGUACUGGAGAUACCUCGCUUUCCUUUCUGCCGUGUUUUGUGUGGCAUUGUUCGUGGUUCUCCUGCCACUCCCGGAGUCUCCCGUGUGGUUGCAAUCCAAAGGCCUGGACGCUUCGGAGUCCAUCAAAUGGCUGCAUCUAUCAGCUCGAGCCACUGCGGUCGUCAAGGAAGACAACCAGGAGAAAGCAGAAGACUCUGCCAGUCCUCCGAACCUGUUCUCCCGCAAGGUGAUGUUUUCGCCGGUGGUGCUAAAGCCCAUGAUCAUCGGAUUCGCCUUGCUGUUGUUCCAGCAGUACAGCGGUAUCGACGCCGUCAUAUUCUUCACUGUAGAAAUCUUCAGAAAAGCAGGUAGCACGCUGGACGCGAUGACGGCCACUAUAAUAAUCGGCGCGGUGCAGCUGGUGAGUAACGGCGUGAGCACGCUGCUGGUGGACCGCGCGGGGCGCCGCCCGCUGCUGCUCGUGUCCUCCGCCGUCAUGUGCGCCUCCAUGGCCUCCAUGGGCGCCUCCUUCUACUUCCAGCUCAAGGAAGCCGCCUGGCUCGGCUACCUGCCCAUAAUCUCGCUGGUGGUGUUCAUGCUGGGCUUCUCGCUGGGUUUCGGCGGGCUGCCGUUCCUGCUGCUGGGCGAGCUGUUCCCGGCGCAGUACCGCUCGCAGCUCUCCGCCAUGGCCAGCGCCGUCAACCUCAUGUCCAUGUUCUCCGUCAUCAAGUCUUAUCACGCUCUCGAUCAUGUGUUGACAUCAGCGGGAACAUUCUGGCUGUACUCAUGUUUCUGCGCGCUCGCUUUCUUCUUCGUUUUGUUCAUGGUACCGGAGACUAAAGGUAAGUCGUUGGCUGAGAUAGAAGAGCACUUCCGCGGCAAGAAGACCACGAGCGAGAAGGAGAAAGUAGAGAAAAUAGAGGUCGUCAAUAUGCAGACGGUAUUGUAAAUUUAGCAUUACAAGUUAUAUUAAUUAAAUGGUGAGAUUGUGUUUCAUACUUCGAUUGGAAAGAUACGAAGACGGAGCAAAGGUCAUAAAGCACUCAAUAUAUCAAUGUGGAUAUAUUUGUGAUGUUGUUCAAAUAGAUUGUCUAGUUUUGAUUAGAACCUUUUAUUUCUGAUCUAAAGGAAGCUUGAAUUUUACCGUUUACCAGUUGAUGAAAAAAAAAAUUUUCAGUAAUUUAGCUUCUGUUGUAAUGGUGAAAACAUUAGUCUAGAUUCGUCUAGAACAUUUAGAUCACUUGAUACAUGAAAUGGUUUUAUUCGACCUUAUGCGUAGAGCGCCACCUUCAGAAACAAAUUUAGCAAUCAUUAUUUCAAUGUAUUGCUCUCUCAGUUUGAAAGAAACAUUGAGAAUAUUAUCUCUUUAGGUAAUCCUCCAAAACUAAUAGAAGUUCGU